AUGGUACAAUAUCAGGCUACAUGUUCGGCUCCAUUAUGUACCAAUGUGUAUUCAUGGCCGGGAAGUUCUGGUUACAGUUGUCCUACAAUCUCAACGUGCUACAGAUUACGUACAUCGACAAAUGGAACUAUAUGUGUACCCCAAGGAGUAUGUCGUUUGUUCGAUACAUGCAUUAAUGGCACACGCUGUACAUCGAAUUUAACGACAUGUGUUGUUGAUAGUUGUUGUUCAGUACCUAUUUGUAUACCAUUAGCAUUGACCAGUCUUUGCGAUCAAUCAACUCCAACGGGUCCAAGUGCUGCAACACAAAUUCGUCUAUGUCCAAAUGCUACAUGGAAUGAAAAUUAUACGACACUCUUCAAUUCAUCAAACUCUAUGUACAACAAUAUGAUAGUAGAUUAUUUCGUAGAUGCUAACGGUAGCAUCUAUAUUGCGAAUGGUUCAGCAAAUCAUGUCAUUAAAUAUACAUCGAGAAAUUUGAGCGUAGCCUUUUUUAUGGGUAGUGGUAGUUUUAGUCCGUACACAUUUCAACGAAUGACUGUUGACACGAAUGGCACAGUUUAUACAAGUGAAUACCGAAGUGGUCCAAUGUUCUAUUCGCCUGCAACAUACUAUCGAAUUCAAAGAUACGAUUCUAAUAGUUCGUUAUUCGGUACGACCAUCUUUGGAGAAACUGCUUGCGGCACACCACCAAAUCAAUUUUGCGGUUGUGCUGAUAUUUUUAUUGAUCGAAGAAAUGCGAUCUAUUGCUCAGAUUCAUUUUAUCACAUUGUUAUUAUGAUAACACCGAUUAAUCCUCAAGCAACAGUAGUAGCGGGUACAACGAAUUCACCAGGAUCACAAUUGAAUCAACUUAACAGUCCUCAAGGUAUCUUCGUUGAUACCAAUGGUACUGUGUUUGUUGUAGAUUCAGGCAACAAGUAA